AUGACGACUUUUCGCUCUCUGCCGCUUGAGCUCAGAAGCAUGAUAUACGACUAUGCCCUCCAUGAAGAACACGACUAUCUCACCAACGGCGUACCAGCACUGUUCAAGGUGUGUCCAAACAUCACCAAGGAAAUCUACUCGUACCGCAAAACCGUCACGACAAUGAGCAUCACCGCAUCAACCCCUUGGCUACCGGAGAACGAAAACCAACACUGGGACACAAUUGCAAGGUUUAAACGAAAGCAACAAACCAAGGGGCUGGUUGUCAAGUUCAGAUGUCUGAAGCCUCGUGAGCAACAGGUUCCACCUCGUGGGUUGCCUGGUUUCAUCGCCUGCAUCCGCGAGACCCUCAGGGCUGGCCAUACAGUACUCAGAGUCGUGUUCUAUGCAAUGCGACUGGCACUCGCGUUAGAUGUUGAAACGGAAGUCAUCGACGAAGACUGUGAACAAUCAAAAUGA